AUGCACAAACCUGCAGUACCAGUCGUUGAAUGUGCUUUGCAGUUUAGACGAUAUUUGAAAGCUACAUCACUGAUACCUCCUAACAAAUCUGAGUUUUUGUCUUGUUUGGGAAAUGUAUUAAAAGAAGAGGGGAAGUGCAGGACUUCACUUAUGUCCAUAGUUAGUGGUCAAAACACUGGCCUAAAAUAUGUGGAAUCAGUAAUACAAAAAAAUUGCGUCCUCUUGUUCUCAUUCUCACAUGCAUAUACACCCAUUAAAGAUCAAAGUGGGGGAAGAGAAAUUACAUUCUCUGAGUUGUAUCAGAGUUUAGUACUUUUUGAAAAACCAAUGUAG